AUGGAGAUGGAUCCCCAGAGACAAACAGGGGCGGCGGUGCCCGCGGAGCCCCCGACUCACCCGUGCCGGCCGCGGAGCCGCUCCCCGCCGCGCUGCUGGCUCAGGUCCAACCCUUACCAAGCCAACCUGCUCCGGGACGGCGUGCGGAGGUACCUGCAGCUGCCAGCAGACCAGACCGUGCUCAUCCUGCACGCCAAAGUCGCACAGAAAUCGUACGGCAACGAAAAAAGGUUUUUCUGCCCCCCACCUUGUGUUUACCUGAGCGGGCCAGGAUGGAAGUUAAAACAGGAGCAGAUAAAAGCCAGGGACCUGGGAGAGGCUGGAUUUCGGGUGUGUGGGUACAUGGGGCUGGACAGCAUGGGCAGCAGCCUGAUGGAGACCCAGAAGCUCAGCUUUGAGGAGCAGCCAGAUGCAAAGGAGAUUGGCACCUUCCACAGCAAACUCAUCAAGGUCAUCUCCAAACCCUCGCAGAAGAAGCAGUCACUGAAGAACACGGACCUCUGCAUCUCCUCGGGCUCCAAAGUCUCUCUCUUCAACCGCCUGCGCUCCCAGACCGUCAGCACCCGGUACCGUCUGUGGAGGGGGAGCCUUCAUCGCCAGCGCCAGGCACCUGAGUGCUGCCCCCGGAGCGAGUUCCCCCUGCGGGAAGGGUAUAUCCGCUACGGCUCCGUGGUCCAGCUGGUCUGCACGGCCACCGGCGUCACACUGCCACCCCUGGUAAGCCUCCAUCCCUGCGGCUGCCGGGCACACGGACCUGGCCGCUCCGUGGCUCCGAGGGACGGUGCCACCGCUGGGAUGCGCCGCCCGAUCAUCCGGAAGGUGAUGAAGCAGUAUGCCAUGCUGGACGUGGACGAGCCCAUCUCCCAGCUCCACAAGUGUGCCUUCCAGUUCCAAGGCAGCGACCGCAUUGUCUUUGGAGCUGUGACUCUCCGCAGGCAUCUCCCUGCCCGAAGGAAUCCAACCGGGCUGCUGAACGACGGCUCGUGCUGGACCAUCAUCAGCACGGAGACGGUGGAAUACACCUUCAGCGAGAGCCUGGCCUGUGUCCGUGAGCCCGUCAGCCCCGUGCCCCUCAUCGCUGCCCUGCAGCUCACGGCGGUGGGGACGUGGCCAUGCUGGAGGUGCAGGGGGAGUAUUUCCACACACCUCAAGGUCUGGUUCGGAGAUGUGGAAGCAGAGACGAUGUACAGUGACUGGAGGUGGCUGCGAUAUCCCCUCACUGUCCCACUCCUGCUGAUCAGGGAUGAUGGCCUCAUCUAUUCCAGCUCCUUCACAUUCACCUACACCCCUGAGCAGAGCUGCAUCCCAGGGCAGCAGGUCCUCUCAGAUGUCCCCCAGGACUCAGACAAAUUACUUGACAGCAUCCACCAGGAGUUCACCAGGACUAACUUCCACCUCUUCAUGCAGAGCUAG